UCCGCGUUAAGAGAUCUCAUUCUCAUACUUCGUAUUAAUCUCCAGGUUUUAGAGAGAUAAACACAGAGGCCAGAGGAGAGAGAAAGUCGCCCACCUUUGCUGCGCUCGACGUUCAACUUUCGUUUUGCUUCGUUAAUUCUGUGAUUUAAUCACCCCACUUGAGGAAGCAUCUGUUUCUCUUAAAUAUUUGUCCUUAUGGAUAAGGCUUUGGAUAUGUCUUUGGAUGAUAUCAUAAAGAGCAAGAAAAGUGCUGGCAGAGGUAAAGGGCGAGGUGGUGCCCCUCGAGGGCGUGCAGCUAGAGGAGCUGUUAGUGGUGGAAGAAUGAGAGGGAUAGGUAGAGGGGCAGGCCGUCAGGGUCCUCUUGGAGUAAAUACUCGACCUUCAUCUUUCGCUAUAGCCAAGUCUUUUCGCAGAACCAAGAACUUCCCAUGGCAGCAAGAUUUGUUUGAAGACAGCCUUGCAGCUGCUGGACUACCCGCUAUGGAAAAUGGUACAAAGUUGCAUAUUACAAAUCUGGACCGUGCAGUUAGCAAUGAUGAUAUAAGGGAGCUUUUUUCUGAGAUCGGGGAGCUGAAACGUUAUGCUAUCCACUUUGACAAAAAUGGUCAACCCAGUGGAUCAGCUGAAGUCGUCUAUGCAAAAAGGAGUGAUGCUUUUGCCGCCCACAAGAGAUACAACAAUGUUCAGCUUGACGGAAGACCUAUGCGGAUUGAAGUUGCAAGCCCUAACUCAGGAGGGCCUGUGUCUGCUCGUGUAAACAUCGUAGGAGGCACUAAUGGAAAGGCAUCAAGAAGAGUUAUGACGCAAAGAGGUGGCCGUACAGCUUCAUCGGCUCAGACAAAUCGUGGUUUUGGACAACAAAGAACAAGAGGUGGAUUUAGAAAUGGCCCAGCACGUGCACAAGCGCAAACCCGAGGUGCAGGCCGUGGUCAAUCUCGGGGAAGAGGACGGGGCCGUGGAAAGAAGCACUUAGACAAAUCUGCUGAGGAUCUUGACAAGGAGCUGGAGACCUAUCAUGCUGAAGGGAUGCAGAUCUCCUAGAAAGUUGCAUCAUCACUGACACUGGAGUUGUGUGAUUUACUGCAGUGUGCUGUGUGCAGAUACUAAAUUCUGUGUUUCUGGGAUGUGUGGCUUGCAUGGGAACUGGCUUUUUUGGCUUUUUGCUGCACUUGAGUUUUAAUUGUUUGAACAGAUCUGAUUUAGCAUCUCUUUUUAUAACUCUAUUAGUAGUUCUAUGUUUUCAUUAUUAUUUUUUUUUUUUUUUUUUUUUACUGUUUCCUUAUCUGCUGCUCAUGGGUUAUCCUUCUGGAGAAGACGGAAGAAUUAGGUGUCGGGGAAAAGCUUCGACAACUGCAUUGUCUUUCCAUCGAAACUUGAUGUCUUCUUGGUGACCUGCUCAUUGGGUUAAUGACAUGCUCCACUUUCUUAUGGCAGAGUAGCAAUCAAUGCAAAAUCAGUCGGAGAAUGGAUUUUACAGAUUCUCGUUUGAUAGUAGUUAUCGAUGUCUUUAGAUUAGAGUAACCUAAUGUAGAAUUUUUAGGACAAUUGUAGCUCUCGUAAGUAUAAAAGUGUUUUUGCUCAUUUUCAUUAUUGUUCAAUCUUUAUUUUGCUGUUCAA